UUUUUGAACUGGCCCCCAGGGUCCUGUCUUUAGCCCUGCCUCUUAACUUUUUCUUGGAUUCAACCUAGGUGGAGUUUUCAUUCUCUCAACCAGAUUCUCAGCCACAUCAGAACAUUUCCACUACUGUUACUCCUUUGGAAACUGGUUGCCUGCUUCUCAAAGACAUGAUGUCUUUGCCUUUUUAUCAGAAAUCUCAUGAGCACUAUGAUCAUAGCUACCGCAGCAAGGACCUUCGCACCUCCAUGAGCCAGUACCAGCAGGAGAAGAAGCGUUCUGCCAUCUACACACAUGGCUCUACAGCCUACAGCAGCCGCUCCUCCGCCGCACACCGCCAGGAAUCAGAGGCCAUCAGUCAGGCAUCCUUCCAGCAGCAGGCCUCUCAGGCCUACAGUCUGGCAGCCUCACAGUACUCCCUUGGAUCUGAAGUCAGUCGGAAAGCAGCCUCAGCCUAUGAUUAUGGUUACUCCCAUGGACUUACAGAUUCCCGUCUGCUGUUGGAAGAUUAUUCAUCCAAGUUGAGCCCCCAAACAAAGAGAGCCAAGAAGAGUCUUCUGUCUGGAGAGGAGAAAGAAAAUCUGCCACGUGACUAUAUGGUACCCAUUUUCUCAGGACGACAAAUGCAUGUCAGUGGAAUUACAGAUACAGAAGAAGAAAGAAUUAAAGAAGCUGCGGCUUAUAUAGCCCAGAGGAAUCUUCUUGCCAGUGAGGAGGGAAUCAUGUCUAAGCAGUCCACCUCAUCCAAACAGUCCGUGGUUUCCAAGCAGUCCACCUCCACUCUUCAACAGGAAGAGAGUUUUGAAAAAAAGUCAAGGAAAGUUGCAAUCCGGGAAAAAGCAGAACGCCUGUCACUCAGAAAAACAUUGGAAGAAACUGAGGCAUAUCAUGGAAAAUUGAAUGAAGACCAUCUCCUCCAUGCUCCUGAAUUCAUCAUAAAACCUCGCUCCCACACGGUUUGGGAGAAAGAGAGUGUAAAAUUACACUGCUCUGUAGCAGGCUGGCCAGAACCUCGUCUCACAUGGUAUAAAAACCAGGUACCAAUAAAUGUCCAUGCAAACCCUGGGAAGUAUAUUAUUGAAAGUCGAUAUGGAAUGCACACUCUGGAGAUUAACUCAUGUGAUUUUGAAGACACAGCUCAAUACCGGGCCUCAGCAAUGAAUGUUAAAGGAGAGCUUUCAGCGUAUGCUUCUGUUGUGGUAAAGAGAUAUAAGGGAGAAUUUGAUGAGACUCGCUUUCAUGCUGGGGCUUCCACCAUGCCCCUUAGCUUUGCUGUGACCCCAUAUGGUUAUGCAUCCAAGUUUGAGAUCCACUUUGAUGACAAGUUUGAUGUGUCCUUUGGGAGAGAGGGAGAGACAAUGAGCCUGGGCUGCCGUGUAGUCAUCACUCCUGAAAUUAAACAUUUCCAGCCGGAGAUCCAGUGGUACAGAAAUGGGGCACCUGUUUCUCCAUCAAAAUGGGUGCAAACGCACUGGAGUGGAGAGCGGGCAACACUGACAUUUUCUCAUCUCAACAAAGAAGAUGAAGGCCUCUAUACAAUCCGUGUGCGAAUGGGAGAAUAUUAUGAACAAUACAGCGCUUACGUAUUUGUUCGAGAUGCCGAUGCAGAGAUCGAAGGAGCCCCAGCCUCUCCUCUGGAUGUGGUGUGCCUGGAUGCCAAUAAAGAUUACAUCAUCAUCUCUUGGAAACAGCCAGCUGUAGAUGGAGGGAGUCCUAUUUUGGGAUAUUUUAUUGAUAAAUGUGAGGUGGGCACGGAUAGCUGGUCUCAAUGCAACGACACACCUGUGAAGUUUGCGCGUUUUCCUGUUACUGGACUGAUAGAAGGUCGUUCCUAUAUAUUCCGAGUUCGAGCUGUGAAUAAAACUGGAAUAGGCCUACCAUCUCGAGUUUCUGAGCCUGUGGCUGCUCUGGAUCCAGCUGAGAAAGCUAGACUUAAAAGUCGCCCUUCAGCCCCCUGGACUGGACAGAUCAUUGUCACUGAAGAGGAACCUUCAGAGGGUAUUAUUCCUGGGCCUCCCACAGACCUCUCUGUUACUGAGGCCACCCGGAGCUAUGUGGUGCUAAGCUGGAAGCCUCCUGGCCAGCGUGGCCAUGAGGGCAUUAUGUACUUUGUAGAAAAGUGCGAAGCAGGAACCGAAAACUGGCAGCGAGUGAACACAGAGCUCCCUGUGAAGUCCCCCCGCUUUGCUCUGUUUGACUUGGCUGAGGGGAAGUCCUACUGCUUCCGUGUCCGCUGUUCUAAUUCAGCAGGCGUUGGUCUCUGUUCUAAUUCAGCAGGAGUUGGUGAGCCUUCCGAAGCAACGGAAGUCACUGUGGUAGGGGACAAGCUUGAUAUUCCAAAGGCCCCUGGCAACAUCAUCCCAAGCAGAAAUACAGAUACCUCAGUGGUCGUGUCUUGGGAGGAGUCCAAAGAUGCUAAAGAGCUGGUUGGGUACUACAUAGAGUCCAGUGUGGUCGGCUCUGGCAAGUGGGAGCCCUGCAAUAACAACCCCGUGAAGGGAUCACGAUUUACUUGUCAUGGAUUGGUGACCGGACAGAGUUAUAUUUUCCGAGUCAGGGCAGUUAAUGCAGCUGGACUUAGUGAAUAUUCCCAGGAUUCAGAAGCUAUUGAAGUCAAAGCCGCUAUAGGGGGAGGAGUCUCUCCAGAGGUGUGGCCUGAACUGAGUGAUACGCCUGGUGGACUAACAGACUCCAGGGGGGGCGUGCAUGGAGCCUCCCUGCCAACCUUUCAGAAAGAUGCUUUGCUCAGUAGCAAACUUAACAAACCUUCACUACCCAGUAGCUCUCACAAGCUGGGACAAACAGAAGUGAGUAAAGUAAGUGAAACAGUUCAGGAAGAGCUUACCCCAUCAUCACAGAAAACAGCACCUAAGGGGAAAAGUAAGUCUGAACCCCUGAAAAAGAAGAAGGACCUAGCGGUACCAUCUCCACCCUAUGAUAUCACUUGUCUUGAAAGUUUUCGUGACUCAAUGGUUCUUGGAUGGAAGCAACCAGAUAAGACUGGAGGAACAGAAAUUACUGGAUAUUUUGUGAACUAUCGUGAGGUCAUUGGUGGAGUAGCAGGAAAAUGGAGAGAAGCCAACAUCAAAGCUGUCAGUGACACCGCAUACAAGAUUAGCGACUUGAAGGAAAACACAGUUUAUCAGUUCCAAGUGGCAGCCAUGAACAUCGCUGGGUUGGGAGCUCCCUCAGCUAUAAGCGAAUGCUUCAAAUGUGAAGAGUGGACCAUUGCUGUUCCAGGACCACCACACAAUCUCAAGUAUAGUGAAGUCAGGAAAAAUUCCCUGGUUCUCCAGUGGAAGCCUCCAGUUCACUCCGGGCGAACUCCAGUCACUGGUUACUUUGUGGACUUAAAGGAGGCCAAUGCCAAGGAUGACCAAUGGCGAGGACUCAAUGAGGCAGCUAUUAAAAACAAAUACCUGAAGGUGCAAGGCCUAAAGGAGGGUGUCAGCUAUGUGUUCCGUGUCCGAGCCAUAAACCAGGCAGGAGUUGGGAAGCCAUCUGACCUCGCUGGCCCUGUUGUGGCAGAAACCCGUCCAGGAACCAAAGAGGUUGUUGUCCAUGUGGAUGAUGAUGGAGUCAUCUCGUUGAAUUUCGAAUGUGAUCAGAUGUCUCCGCAGUCAGAGUUCACCUGGUCCAAAGACUACGUAUCCACUGAGGACUCCCCACGAGUAGAAGUCGAAAGCAAAGGCAACAAGACGAAAAUGACUUUCAAAGACCUUGGGACGGAUGACUUGGGCAUUUAUUCUUGUGAUGUAACAGACACUGAUGGAAUAGCAUCAAGCUACGUAAUAGACGAGGAAGAAUUGAAACGCUUACUAGCUCUCAGCCAGGAACACAAGUUCCCAACCGUCCCUGUUAAAUCAGAGCUGGCAGUUGAAAUCUUGGAGAAAGGACAAGUUCGGUUUUGGAUGCAGGCGGAGAAGCUGUCCAGCAACGCUAAAGUCAGCUACAUAUUUAAUGACAAGGAAAUUUUCGAAGGGCCGAAAUAUAAGAUGCAUAUUGACCGAAACACUGGCAUAAUUGAAAUGUUCAUGGAAAAGCUACAGGAUGACGAUGAAGGAACAUAUUCUUUCCAGAUUCAAGAUGGAAAAGCAACUGGCCAUUCUACUAUUGUUCUCAUUGGUGAUGUUUAUAAAAAUCUCCAGAAAGAAGCUGAAUUCCAGCGGCAAGAAUGGAUCAGGAAGCAAGGUCCUCAUUUCGCUGAGUAUUUGAGCUGGGAAGUGACUGGUGAAUGUAAUGUAUUAUUGAAAUGCAAGGUGGCAAAUAUUAAGAAGGAGACUCAUAUUGUGUGGUACAAAGACGAGAGAGAGAUCUCAGUGGACGAAAAGCAUGACUUCAAGGAUGGCAUAUGUACACUGCUUAUAACAGAGUUUUCCAAGAAAGAUGCUGGGUUUUAUGAAGUUAUCCUCAAAGACGACCGAGGAAAAGAUAAGAGCAGAUUGAAGCUCGUGGACGAAGCCUUCCAAGAACUGAUGACUGAAGUAUGCAGAAUAAUAGCUUUGUCUGCUUCUGAUCUGAAGAUCCAGAGCACAGCCGAGGGUAUUCGACUGUACUCUUUUGUUACUUACUAUCUGGAUGAUUUGAAAGUUAACUGGUUCCACAAUGAGAGUGGUAUUAAGUACACAGACAGAGUGAAGAGCGGGGUCACUGGGGAGCAGAUCUGGCUACAAAUCAAUGAGCCUACUCCAAACGACAAAGGGAAGUACGUGAUGGAGCUCUUUGAUGGCAAAACUGGACACCGGAAGACAGUGGAUCUUUCUGGACAAGCAUAUGAUGAAGCCUUUGCUGAAUUCCAGAGAUUAAAACAAGCUGCCAUUGCUGAAAAAAAUCGUGCCCGGGUAUUGGGAGGUCUUCCCGAUGUGGUCACCAUCCAGGAGGGCAAGGCCCUUAAUCUCACUUGCAACGUGUGGGGUGACCCGACUCCAGAGGUCUCCUGGUUGAAGAACGAGAAGUCUUUGGCCUCCGAUGACCACUGCAGCCUGAAGUUUGAGUCUGGGAAGACCGCUUACUUCACCAUCACCGGGGUGACCACCUCUGACUCUGGCAAAUAUGGGCUGGUUGUCAAGAACAAGUAUGGCACAGAGACAAGCGACUUUACUGUCAGCGUGUUCAUCCCAGAGGAGGAGGCGAGGAAGGCCGCCUCGGAGUCCCAGAAAGGCAGCAAGUCCAAGUGACCAGAGUCUGUUGGAGGGGAUGCAAGGAGGGUCCAGACCAGCUGAGCCGAUGUGGGCUACUUGUGUGUGAAUGGUUUGGGUUCAUAGUGAGGAGGUUUUUGUGCUUUCCAUUCCCUACUUGAUGGGGAUUUAGGGGAAAAUUAUCAAAUCUUUUAUUCAUCUUUUUAAAAAAGAGCACCAACACUUUAAUAGUUUUUUCUUUAUCUAUAAAUUAUGUGUUAAGAAAAUACCAUCAGUAACACAAAUACUAGGAAUGGUUUCAAGGAAAAGACCAGAAUAAAGUUGGAGGGACAUUGAAUGUUGGCCAGGGAGCAGAAGAAUGUGUGUGGGACAGAGUUGAGUUUUGAUGGGCUUCUGCGAGGAAGUUCUCUGGGAUUGCCUUAUACUUCAGCAAUCUUGUCAAUACCGAGACUGGUUGUUAAGCCCAAUGGUGUAUUUCGUGUGCUGUUUCCACCCUGAUGUGCACACUUGUGUUGGCAGGCCUGUGGUUUGGAACCUCCUGGGUAUGAAUAAACAGAUCUCACACCCUU